AUGUGCGACCGCAGCCCUCAUCAACCCGUCGCACCCCUAUCACGCUCUCCCACCUUCAUAUCCGGCCAGCAAUCAUUCAGCGGCGCCUGGACCCAGCAUCGCCGGCAUGAUUUCGCCAGUCGAGCCACGCCGUCCAUCGACGAAAAGGACACUGCGCAUCGACAAUCACUCCCGUCUCUCUCAGAAGUCAUCUCGGGCGCAAAGCAAGUCCUUUCCCGCCCACUCAACCUCCCGGAGCGAGAACGCUUUGCCGCCUUUCUCAGCCGAUCACCCACGGCCGCCGCCUUUUGCCGGAAGCCACCACCACCACCACUGAGCUCGUAUGCGACAAGCCAACCCAGUCCACCCAUCAAGCCCGACCACGGUCGCGAGCCUGAGCCAAAGAACAACGAGACGAACGGCGUUUACCAGCACCCUCCGCAGCAUGCCGCCCCGCAACAGCAUCCUCCACCUAUAUACCCUCAGCCUCAUCAAGCACAACUUCCUCCUGGACAAGUUCCUUUGCCGGCCUACCCUGUUUCACCGCGACACAGCUCUGCUCUUCCCUCGCCCUAUGAGUCUCAGCGUCCCGGUGUUCACCCCGAAGAUGGCGACUACGCCCCCGCCAGAAUUCAGUACGACCGUCCGGUUCAUCGGGCUCUGGAUGCAUACACUUAUCACGAGUAUCUACAACGCAUCUCGCACUCGUCUAGAACCAUUGCCAACUUUGCCGAAGCUUACGUGAGGAUUGCGGCCGAACAACAUGGAGUGUAUCCAAUCCCUGAACGGCUCCCCACCGAACGCGAGGUAGCCGACAUGAUUAGCAACGCCAACUACAUGCGAUCUUCGCUGGAAGCCGUCCGACAAACAGUUCAGGAGGCAAACGAACGUGCGAGUGCCGCCGGCAAGGCAAAAAGCUACGAAGACGAAGACAGCCACAUGUAUGACAGCGCAAAACAAAACUAUGGCAUCGGGGAGGUGAAGAAGCGCCGGGGGCGCGCGGCGCCACCUGGCCGAUGCCACAGUUGCAACAGGAUCGAUACUCCUGAAUGGCGGCGAGGGCCUGAUGGCGCUAGGACGCUUUGCAACGCUUGUGGCCUUCACUAUGCCAAGCUCGAGCGGAAACGGCAACUAGAGGCUCGACAAAUUCGCCCCAAGAGCCCGCAACGCCCAUGAUCUGGGCCCCUUUUUUCAUGAUAAUUUAGCGAAUUUGGCAUCGAUUCUCUAUGUCCACACUGAAACCACAUCUCAUCUCGGCUUGACGAGCAACAUUCUCAUUCGACAGAAACGAAAUUUGCGAAUCGGACGACAACAGUAUGGUCCCGACUUGCGCUCCAUUUCAUCAUUUUGCUCUAGUUUCUUUUUCCCUUGAUACCCGGCAAUAGUCGACACUCGAUUGUACAUAUUACGGAAGUGCCCUUUGGUAUGGGCAACUGGGGCUUGGCGGGGACGGCUUCAUUCGGCGGCGUUCUCCAUUGGAUUCUUUGUGUUCACAAUUCUCAUUUGUCAACUAAUGCAGUGUCCGUACUUAUUAGACAAAAGGACAAUCCUGCCAUGGAAAAUGAAGAGAAGGAAGGCGACUACAGGCAAGAUGGGAUGUCAGGGGAGAUAUCUACAUGGGUGACGAAAUUUUUCAACCUUUUUACACUA